CUAAAUGGAUUUAGCACAGGUUCAGCUGGAGCACAUCAUGAUGUUCAAUUUGCGCCACUGUGAUGCCCGGAGAUAAAAACGCUUGCGGGGUGUGUGUGUGUGGGGGGGGGGAGAGAUUUAGCUUAUGUCUGUGGUGAUGUCAUUGCUUUGUGAGGACAGAAUAGCUCAGUUACUAUUCUGUGCUAGUUUAGCUGACGGUUGUGAGACAGAAAACAACGUGGAGAAAAACUGGUGUGUCAGACUCGGUGUGAUGUUGCGUCUCCCGCUCUGUGUCUUUUAAUGCAGCUGUUUUCGGUCCUGAAGGCGGGUUUAGAGACUUAAAACAGCCGCAGCAGUUUGGAGGUUUCCUCAAAAUCUGAGGCCACCUGAGCUCCUUGAUUUACUCGAGCAGGGAAUGCCAGCGCGGGCCAUGGACUGUGACGUCUCCGCUCUGGUCGCAUGUGUGGUGGAUGUUGAGGUUUUCACCAGCCAAGAUGUUAAGGAAAAAUUUGAGGGCCUAUUUCGUGCUUAUGACGACUGUGUGACGUUUCAGCUCUUUAAGAGUUUUCGGCGGGUACGAAUAAACUUCAGCAACCCCAAAUCAGCUGCUCGUGCGAGAACAGAGCUUCAUGAAACACAGUUCCGAGGGAAGAAGUUAAAACUGUAUUUUGCACAGGUCCAGACCUCUGAGGCUGAUGGGGACAAGCGGCACUUGGCUCCCCCGCAGCCGGCAAAGCAGUUUCUCAUCUCCCCUCCCACCUCGUCUCCCAUUGGUUGGCAGCCGGUCAGUGACACAACGCCUGUUAUCAAUUAUGACCUCCUUUGCGCUGUUUCGCAACUGGAGCCAGGUGAGAAAUACGAGUUACACGCUGGCACAGAGUCCACUCCGAGCGUCAUCGUGCAGAUCUGUGACAGUGGCUUGGAGGAGGAUCCAAAGAAUUCACCAAAGCCAAAAAUAGCUCAGACUCGCCGUCCAGGCCUGCCUCCUCCGGUGUCUGACUAACUGUCUCCUGCGAGAGUCUCUCUUCUUUCUUCAGCCUUUGUCCCAUUUGUUUUUCCAUUGGCUUUGUUUCUUUGUGAAAGGGCAAGCCCUUGGCCAGGGAGUCGUGGCCUGUUUGAGCUUCGUGGAGUGUUCUCUUCCACUGCUGUGAAGUCUGACUUAGCUAACAGGUUAGGAAAAUGUUAUUUGUAACCGUAGCAGGGUUCCCAGUGGUUGAUGCAUCUGAGAUCAGGCCAGGGUGGGAUGAAGAGUUGAGGCUCAGUUUUUCGCAGCUUGCUUUGUCGAGGAACUUUGACACAUCAUUCAGUCGGCGGCGGCAAUGAUACCGCAUGGUUGCUUAAUUCAUCAGAGUGGUCCCCUGAGAUUUCCCACCUCCUUCCAGAUUCCCAACUCCCAUUGGGUUCAAGAUCCCUGCUGAGGUAUACUUCAUAGGUUGGAUCCUGUGUUCAGGUUCUAUGACUGAAGUCAAUAAGGGACUCUGGAUUCUUGAUCAGAAGUCUUUAUUGAUAACAACAGCACGUACCUGGCUUUGCAAAAGCCAGUUCUGGCCACACUUGCAAUGACAACUAUCCCCAUGCAGCAACCAUAAAUCCCCCCUCCUUUUUCCAUUGGAAUGUGAGAAAGACACAGCGAAAAGAAAGAGCCAUUGGAGAGGCAAGCAUCCCAAGGCCACAGCCGCGAUAGACCAGCCACCUGCCGCCGCCAGGGUCAUUCCUAUUAUCUAUAGUUGCAACCACCAAAGGAAAUGAAAGG